CCCGGGCUCGGCCCGGUUUCCGGUUCCGGCCGCCGCCAUUUGCAGCGGGAGCAGUUGCUCCGGUUGGAGGGACGCUCCUGAUUUCCAGGACCCUAGGCCCCAGCUCGAACCAGCGGCCAGGAUCCUCUCCGUCAUCCGGGAGGAUGGAGCAGGUAGCGGCCCCGGGUCCGGCCGCCGGAUCCCAACCCUGGAGAAGCCAGUGUCCUUGGGUGUCAGUACCUUCCACUGUAACUCCCUGCUCCCUUUCUGAUGUAAUGAGUGAAGAGCUUGCCAAAGAACUGCAGCAACAAGAGGAGAGUGCAGCAUUCCCUCAUGCCAUUAGUCUUGAUACAACAGCUCUGAUUGGAGAAGGGACUGAAACCUCCAGUGAUCUCCUGCUAGCACAGAUGUUGCAGAUGGAGUUUGACCGAGAAUAUGAUGCGCAACUUCGCCGCGAGGAAAAUAAAUUUAAUGGUGACAGCAAAGUAUCUAUUUCAUUUGAGAAUUAUCGAAUGGUUCAUCCUUAUGAAGACAGUGAAAGCUCAGAUGAUGAAGUCGAUUGGCAGGAUACACGGCAUGAUCCCUAUGGACCUGGUCAUGAAAUGUGUGUGUCAGCAGAUAAACCCUCACCAAUUGCAAAACGAGGAUUUGUGGGAAAGGGCAAAGAGAUUACUACCAAGCACGAUGAAGUGACCUGUGGCAGAAGGAAUACUGCACGAAUGGAAAAUUUUGCUCCAGGGUUCCAGGUGGGCGAUGGCAUCGGGAUGGAUUUGAAGCUACCUAAUCGUGUCUUCAAUGCGCUGAAGCAGUAUUCUUAUUCUGAACAGCGGCGCAGCGCUAGAAUUCAUGAAACAAAAGAACAUUCUACUUCUGACCAAGCCAUAGACUCAAAAACUCGCUUGCUUCUGUACAAAAUGGUGAAUGCGGGGGUGUUGGAAAGCAUCAAUGGUUGUAUCAGCACAGGCAAAGAAUCUGUGAUCUUCCACGCUAAUGGCGGAAGCAUGGAUGAGAAAAUGGUCCCUGCAGAAUGUGCCAUUAAAGUUUUUAAGACUACGCUUAAUGAAUUCAAAAACCGUGAUAAGUACAUCAAGGAUGAUUACAGAUUCAAAGACCGCUUUAGCCAUUUGAAUCCUCGCAAAAUCAUUCGUAUGUGGGCUGAGAAAGAAAUGCAUAAUUUGAUCAGAAUGCAGGAAGCUAGAAUUUGUUGUCCAGAGGUGGUUAUGCUUAAGAAGCACAUUCUGGUGAUGUCCUUCAUUGGUCAGGACCAUGUGCCAGCUCCUAAAUUGAAGGAUGCUAAACUCAGCUCUGAAGAUAUGAAGCGGGCUUACUACCAGGUUUUGGAUCUGGCCUACAUGUGA